CUCCACUAACUGCAGCACCAUUCACGUGAACUCAGUAAAAGUGAUGCACAGAGGUGCAGAAGAGUUCCAAUAAAACAAGGGAAACUAAGAUUUAAUUUAAUAUUAUAAACAAAUAGCAAUAGCGAAAACAGAUAUAAUGUAUCCAGAUUUGAUCCCAGACUACGACGACACCUCCAGCUCGUCCAGCAGCAGCACUAGCAGCAGCGCAGCAUCGCCUACCGGGGACAUCCCCGCGUGCAGCCAGCGAUCUCAAGACUCACUCUCGAACGCAUCAUCAGUAGACAGCAGCACGUUCCAGGAUGUCUGCGGUGGAACAGAUUCUCCGCGGCGCUCUCCCUUUGUCCCCACGGUGACUGCAAUCUCAACCUCCCCGGAUCUGCAGUGGAUGGUCCAACCGACCACCGUCAUCACAUCAGCAUCAGUCUCCCCCUCCUCCCUAUCUGCCUCCACCUCUUCCCCCUCCAGCGGACGCGCAAAGCCCAGCGCACACAGCGCACCAACCCAGUCGGCUUCCAGAGCGGUUGGAUACAAGGGGCAAUCUGCUUGCAAGAAGGCGAAAAAUCAGCCUUCAUCAGAGGAAGAUGAGAGGAGGAAGAUCAGGAGAGAAAGGAAUAAAGUAGCAGCUGCCAAGUGUCGCAAUAGACGGAGGGAGCUGACUGACACCCUGCAAGCUGAAACUGACCAGCUUGAGGAAGACAAAGAGGCCUUGCAGAAGGAGAUUGCCAACCUCCUGAAAGAGAAAGUGAGAUUGGAACAGAUCCUAUUCACCCACCAACCAGUUUGCAAAAUAACUGUCACUGAGGACAAUGUUGAAAAUGACAUUGACAAAGAUGAGGUUGACAUUGAUGAAGAUGAGGUUGAUAUUGAUGAAGACAUUGUCUGCAUGCUCCAGGACCCUCCCGACUCACCCCAAUUGCUCUCCAUUUUGGAGGAUGCAGACAAACUCCAACUCCCGGAAGACAAUGUGGCCCCAGGGACUGUGUCUGGGGGCCCCUCACUCCAGGAAAUGGACACUGUCCCCAUCCCAAACAUCUCCAUCUCUGCGUCAGCCAUCUUGGGUAACUCCAACAUCUUGCUGUGCUCCAGUGUUGAGGAAGACCUGGACUUAGACCAGGAUGACCUUGUCCCUAGCCUGGAACUCAGCAUGACUGUGGCCCCAGAGACCGCCCCGUCCGUGCCCGAUAUCAACCUCCUUGGGGGCCCCUUUUGCUUGUCUGACUGGGAAACCCUGUACAAGUCUGUGGCCAACGAUCUGGAGCCCCUCUGCACCCCAAUGUCUUCCAGCCCCACCUGUAGCAGUCAGUGCUCUGUGUUCUCCUUCAAUUACUCUGAGAUAGACUCUGUGGUGGGGGAGGGCAGCUACAACCCCAGCCCUGAGACCGUUAAAGAAGGAAUUGGUGGUAGAUCUGAUUUGACAACUGGUAAUCUCAACUCUCCCACUCUGCUGGCCUUGUGAAACUAUUCUGGGACUGGUGGGACAUACACAGCACACACAAAAACAUACAAACAACACACACAAACACCCUCAAAGAUAUGUCAAGAUUAAUUUUAGAUUUCAAAUUAAUGUUCAAUGACGAUUCAAUAAGCUAUGGUCUAUUAAUCUAUCCUCUGAUGUUUUUGUUGUGUUUGUUAUGGAGUUUUGUUUACCUUUAGCGCCAAAUGAAAUGUUUACUAUGACUGUAACAGUAUUAACUUCUUCCAGAAAUAUCGGUGCACCUGUGAGGGCUGUUCAAUCUAAUGAUGAGAUAUUUAUUGUUGUCCGUGUAUUAAAAUGAAAUGCAUGCAAAAACGAACCAUUUGAUUAAAACAGGGUGCUAUAUAUUUGUUUCAUCCUUAAAUGUAAAUGUGAAACUAGACUGGUUUGUAUGCAUACUGAUAUCAGAUUGUCUUAUUAACAUGUGAAAUUACAGUUUGAGUAAUGUUCAUUAUUUUACUGUAAGGUGACAUUUCUUUCAGGUUUUCCAUGAAAACACCGUGCCAUGUAUUGUAUCAAGAUGCAUUUUAUGACAUAGUUUAUUUUUUUACCUUCAAAGACAAAUGGUUGGUCUGAUGCAAAGAAUAGAACACCGACAAAUAAAAAUACCAUUGA